AAAACUGUAUUUUGAACAACAGAACCACUUUCUUUUAACCAUAUUUUAACAUUUAUCUCUCAUGACUCAUUACAUCCAAAGCAGCCAGCAUGUUGAAUCAUGGGUUACGUGCUCCUUUUCUUUCUUUUUAAAAUAAAAAAGUUCCAACCAGUAUUAUAUUAUCCAAUAAUGCAAAUAAAGGAGUAGUAGUGCACUCACUUUGUUGAUUUUUCUUCCUAUACAAAACCACACACUUAUAACAAUAAUAUCUUUCAAUCUAUAUCUCUAUAUCUUGACUUUAACUUCGCUUUCAUAAUUGGAGUGCCAUAUAUUAUUAUUGUGAAUUCUCAUCAAACAACAUGGAGAAUACGCUUAAGCCCCUUAGAGAUGGUGAGUCGGUGCUGGACCUUAGCCCAAGAUCCUGCGUCGGUGGCGGUGUUGAGGAUGUCUACGGCGAGGAUCGUGCCACCGAGGAUCAACUUGUCACCCCUUGGACUUUCUCUGUUGCAAGUGGUUACUCUUUGAUGAGAGAUCCACAAUACAAUAAAGGGCUUGCUUUCACCGAAAAAGAGAGGGAUGCACACUAUUUGCGUGGCCUCUUACCUCCUGUUGUCAGCUCUCAGCAACUUCAGGAGAAGAAACUUAUGCAUAACAUCCGUCAAUACGAGGUUCCCUUGCAAAAGUACAUGGCCAUGAUGGACCUUCAGGAGAGGAAUGAAAGACUGUUUUAUAAACUUCUUAUCGACAAUGUUGAAGAAUUACUCCCGAUUGUAUAUACUCCGGUUGUUGGCGAGGCUUGCCAGAAAUAUGGGAGCAUAUUCAAGCGUCCUCAGGGUCUUUACAUUAGUUUGAAAGAAAAAGGUAAAAUUCUAGAGGUUUUGAAAAACUGGCCAGAAAGGAGUAUUCAAGUUAUUGUUGUAACAGACGGUGAACGGAUUUUGGGACUCGGAGAUCUCGGAUGCCAGGGUAUGGGAAUUCCUGUUGGUAAAUUGGCUUUGUACUCGGCACUGGGAGGAGUUCGUCCUUCAGCAUGUUUGCCGAUUACGAUUGACGUGGGGACAAAUAAUGAGAAAUUACUGAAUGAUGAGUUUUACAUUGGCCUUAGACAAAAGAGGGCAACUGGGAAGGAAUACUAUGACCUUCUGCACGAAUUCAUGUCUGCGGUGAAGCAAAACUACGGCGAAAAAGUUCUUGUUCAGUUUGAAGAUUUUGCAAAUCACAAUGCUUUUGAGUUGCUUGCGAAAUACGGUACAACGCAUCUAGUUUUCAACGACGAUAUACAGGGGACUGCAUCUGUUGUUUUAGCUGGAGUUGUAGCAGCCUUGAAGCUCAUUGGCGGUACCCUACCGGAGCAUACAUUCCUCUUCCUUGGUGCUGGAGAAGCGGGAACUGGUAUAGCCGAGCUAAUUGCUCUUGAGAUGUCAAAGCAGACUAAAGCACCUAUUGAAGAGAGUCGUAAGAAGAUAUGGCUCGUAGAUUCAAAGGGUUUAAUUGUUAGUUCGCGGGUGAAUUCACUUCAACACUUCAAGAAGCCCUGGGCUCAUGAACACGAACCUGUUAGCACUCUCAUUGAGGCCGUUAAGGUAAUCAAGCCUACAGUUUUGAUUGGAUCAUCAGGAGUGGGGAAAACAUUUACGAAGGAAGUAGUCGAGGCUAUGACAGCAAACAAUAAGAUUCCUCUCAUUUUGGCUCUUUCCAAUCCAACCUCACAGUCCGAGUGUACAGCCGAAGAGGCAUACCAAUGGAGUGAGGGUCGUGCAAUUUUCGCUAGCGGAAGUCCAUUUGAUCCUGUUGAAUACAAAGGCAAAGUUUAUUAUUCUGGCCAGGCCAACAAUGCUUACAUUUUCCCAGGCUUUGGUUUGGGUUUAGUAAUGUCGGGAGCGAUCCGAGUACACGAUGACAUGCUUCUAGCAGCAUCCGAAGCGUUGGCGAAGCAAGUGACAGAAGAGAACUACAAAAAGGGCUUGACUUAUCCACCUUUCUCUGAUAUCAGAAAAAUCUCAGCCAACAUAGCUGCAAAUGUUGCUGCCAAGGCAUAUGAACUAGGCUUGGCUACGCAUCUUCCUCGUCCUCAGGAUCUUGUCAAGUAUGCUGAGAGUUGCAUGUAUUCGCCUUUGUACCGCAACUAUAGAUGAACAGGAGCAGUUUACUACUGACUCUGAAGCUUUUGGAUCUGUUAAGGGUGUUUUGGGUGUAUGGUGUCUGUUUAUGUUUGUGCAAAAAUAAACGAUUUUAUGCUUUACUUGAACCAAUGUUUUCUCCAUUAUGAUAUCCUUAUUUCCAUUA